GGCUUGUAGCCGAGCAACUUUGCCCAAACGACUUCACAACAUCUUCAGACGCCGUUCUAUCUACUAGAAAGCUCGACCGAUCUUCAGGGGGGCCGAUCCAAAAGGGAACACCGACGAACAAAAAUUAAAAUAUAAUAAAAAUAAAAAAAAAUGGUUUACGAAAGUGAUUUUUACACGACUAGAAGGCCGUACCGUGCUACACCUUCAAUUUCGACUUAUACCGUAUCGUCGGUUCCAUCCAGGCAAGUAAGGAUCCUUCCGGGAUUGGGAAAGGUUCAUGUCGUACAUACGUACGAUAGGAUCGUGCCUUACGUGGGUCACAAGAGGCUCACUGUAGUAACAUCAAACCCAAUGGUAUACAAAGUCCGUCCAUCAGUUCUCUACAAGGAAUUCGAUAGAAUCGAAAACAAGUAUCGUCCGUACACGUACACCUCGGCGUUGAGCGAAUAUCUCAACUCAGAUUCAGCGGUGAGGUAUCCGUAUAGUUAUAUCAGAUAUCCGUAUACAUAUUCAUAUACCCCAUCUUACUACUAUACUAUCUAUCGUCCGUAUUAUCCUACGUAUUACGUCAAUAGAUAUUUGGUUAGACGUCCAUACUAUUACGAUACUAUUUACAAUAAUCCAUAUUAUUAUUACUACAAUUACUAUCCUAUUUCACGACCUCGUUAUUCAUCUUUGUAUUCUCUAAGAUACUUAUUAGAUCGUCCAAAUGCAAUUGACUCAUCGCUCUAUCCUUACUUCUAUUAUUAUUAUUAUAAAUAUCUUUAUCCAACCUAUCUUCCUAGAUAUUCGAGAUUUUUCUCAUCUAUCUUCGACGACGAAAAGAGGUUGAUCAGAGCUGAGACGGCGUCUCUUUUGAGGAGAAUUCAUGCUCCGGUCCCUCGUGUUUCCAAACCGCUAGCACUGCCAUAUGUUACCAGGUACGAUGAGUUUCCAGUAAAAACAUAUUCCGACAGUUACAUAUAUAAAAUGAUGAUGUCAUCUCCAAAAGAUCCAAGAGUUGUAGCGUACACUACGUAUUACAGCGAACCGGUGAGAAAAUAUUUUGGACUGCAUUCUAAAACUGAUCCAAAUCGUCACCUCAGACAAGGAUACUUGUCGUGUGUAUCCUUUGCCGGUGACAAAGUUCACCCGAGACGCAGGAACGUGUACGUCUACGAGGAUCCUGUAAGGAAUGACAUCCAAUUGUUGAGCUAUUAUAUUUCAAAGUUUAGACAAGAAAAGGGAGGUGCCACCAUCAAAGAGUUACCAUCAGCAAAAUUACCACCUAACCGUCCUUCUCGUCACUUUACUUCCGCUCAAUCAGCGACUGCUGAAAAACCAAAAAGGGAAACCAUCGAAACACCUGUGAGGGUUCCAAGGCCAGUUAGGAGCUAUGAAGAACCACCUAAAGUUGAUGACAGUGCGAAAAAAGCUGCUCAAAAGAAAAAGGAGGAAGAAGAAAAAGCUAAAGCUGAAGAGGCAGCUAGGAAAGAAAAAGAAGCCCAAGCGAAGAAAGAAGAAGCAGCAAGAUUGGCAGAAAUCGCAAGACAAGAAGAAUUGGCAGCUAAAGCUGCCGCCGAAAAAGCAGCUGAAUUAGAACGACAAGCUGAAAAAGCUCGACAGGAAGAAUUAGCAAAACAGGCUGAAAUCGAAAAAGCUCGUAAAGCAGCUGAAGAAGAAGCUAGAUUGGAAGAAGAACGUCGCCAGGCGGAGCUCGCCAAAGCUGAAGAAGAACGUCAACAGCUUCUUCGUUUGGAAGAGAUUGCACGCCAAGCCGAAGAAGAAAGAGAGGCUGAACUCGCACGACAAGCCGAAGAGCUUGCUGAAUUAGCGAGACAGGAAGCCGAGUUAGCUGAACAAGCCAAAAAAGCUGAAGAAGAAGCCGAACUGAAACGAAAAGAAGAAGAAGAAGCCGAGUUAGCUAGACAAGAAGCGGAGUUAGCCGAACUCGAACGUCAAGAAAAAGAACUUGCCGAAUUAGCUAAACAAGAAGCUGAAUUAGCCGAGUUGGCCAAACAAGAAGCUGAAUUAGCUAAGAUUGAAGCUGAACAAGCUGAAAUUGCUGCAAACACCGAAGAAGCACCCGUUGAUGAAAGUCCUGUUGAAGCAGCUCCCGCUGAAGAGGAAGCUCCUGUUGAAGAAACACCCGUUGAAGUUCCAGCUGAAGAAGUUGAAGCGGUUAAAGAAGAAGAAGCACCCGUUGAAGAGGAACCAGUUGUAGAGGAACCUGUUGUUGAAGAACCGGUUGAAGAAGCAGAGGAGUAAAAAAGCUUUUAAUUUUUAUUUUUAAUUAAGGAAAAAUGGAUAUUAAAGUUGAUUAAUGUUAUGCUUCUUGUUAUUGGUAAAUUUUUGUUUAAUUGGCAUUUUUUUAAUUUCGAUUUGAAACUUUUGUAUUUUUUGUUGUUAUUAUUUGGAAAUAAAUCUUAUAUCUAGUUUUAA